AAAUGCUAUCAAUUGUGUUAUCUGCGUUACAAUGUUAAAUUGAAAUUCGAAGUAAGCGAAUGUCUACCUUCAAAGUGAAUUUCACAUAAUUAUUUAAAGAAAAAUUAUCUUUGCGGAAUUUGUUAAUUCCAGUUUUACUAAUUGCAUUGUUUUAAUUUUGGUUUGCGAUAAUUGUGAAAAGAAAUACUUCCACGACAAAUUUUCAACAAAAACUAUACAAUUCAAAAUGAAUUCCGAGAUAAUUCAAAACAAUAUGCUUCAACUUCGUUGUGCCAUCAAUGAGGGGAAUGCAGAAACUGUAAAGGAGCUUUUACAAAAAGAAAUUAACAUUAAUGAUCAAGAUAGGGAUGGAAAAACCAUUUUAUAUCACGCUGUUAAUGCAGGAAAUUUAUUGAUUGUUGAGGAAAUUUUAAAGUAUCGUCCUGAUAUUAAUGAAGAAAAGUACGCAUUGCACAUUGCAGUUGAAAAUGGUCAUAAAGAGAUUGUCGAAUUAUUACUAGAGCCGAAAUUUGGAGCCGAAAUUAAUUGUAAAAAUGAUAAUGGCAACACACCACUUUAUGUUUCUGCUAGAAAGGGAAAUACUGAAAUAUUUAAAAUGCUUUUAAUUAAAGGAGCUGAUAUAAAUGAAGUAAAUUGUAUUCAAGAAACCGCCUUGUCUAUUGCAGCUAAAAAGGGUCAUGAAGAGAUUGUCAAAUUAUUGCUAGAGCCUGGUAAUAGGUAUAAUAGUAAUGUACCAAGUUAGUCCGUAGAUGAUUUUUCGAAGUUAUUUUUUUUUUCUAUUAUUAAAAUAUUUUUAGUUGAAUUUGUACUAAGUUUAGUUUCUUUUAUUCUGUAACAUAACUAAUUUUUAGAUAUUUAUAUAAAAAAAAAUGAAGAAAAAU